AUAAUCGGCAUCUUCUUCCUCUCUUCUAUUCUCGCGCACGUUCUUCUAUUCUCGCAUCCCUCCCAAUAGAACGAUUCUCUCUUCCUCUGAGUAGAACGCCCACAUUUGACAUCAAAGAGAGGCAAGUAGCGGCUGGCAACUUGGAGUUUGGUCUCAGCAUCACUUUCUCUUUGGGAACGUGCCAGGGCUGUUGUGUCACUUCAUUUUCCCAACUUCGAAACUCACUAUUCUCUCUACUUUAUAUGGAGUGUGUGGUGCAGGGCAUCAUAGAAACACAGCAUGUCGAGGCGCUCGAGAUUCUCCUACAAGGUCUAUGUGGUGUUCAUAAAGAGCGAUUGAGGAUCCAUGAAAUAUGCCUUAAGAGUGGUCCCAACCUUGGAGCUGUGGCUUCGGAGGUUAGACUCUUGUGUGAUCUUGAACAGGCUGAACCAUCAUGGACUGUCAGACAUAUAGGGGGUGCCAUGAGGGGUGCUGGUGCUGAGCAACUUUCAGUUCUGGUCAGGACAAUGGUGGAAAGCAAAGCAAGCAAGAAUGUACUCCGAAUGUUUUAUGCGCUGGGGUACAAGUUAGACCAUGAAUUAUUGAGGGUGGGCUUUGCUUUCCAUUUCAACAGGGGUGCACAAAUCACUGUAACUGUGUCAUCAAUCAAUAAGAUGCUGAAGCUGCAUGCAACUGAUGAGGCUGUGCCGGUAACACCUGGUAUUCAGCUGGUGGAAGUAACAGCCCCUGCUACUUCGGAAAACUAUACUGAAAUUGUUUCUGCUGUGUCAUCCUUUUGUGAAUACCUUGCACCGCUUCUCCAUCUAUCGAAACCAGGCAUUUCAACCGGAGUUGUUCCUACUGCCGCUGCAGCUGCUGCGUCUCUUAUGUCUGAUGGCGGGGGUACCGCCUUAUAGCUUCCUUGUUCUGUUGUAACAUCCUUUAUCUCUGAUACUUUUUUGAGCCUAUCAUAAAAUAGGAUUUUGUAUUCGCUUUGAUAGCUGGAAUUGGAAAUAUGACAUCCACUGCAAUAUUCAAGUGUUCAUUUAUUAUCAAAUGAUGGAGCCUUGGUUUGGCCCAACCCAUCCAGCUCCAUCUCUAACGGUGGCUAGCCGGGUACCACUUCAAAUGGACUGCUCGAACCAUCUGAAGGGUCUUGUGUUGGGCUGAUGCAGGUGAUACCAAGUUGGGCUAGUGAUUUAGGACUUAUUUGGGUUAACUUAUAAGUAACUUUUUAAA